CGAAACAGCUACCGGAAUUUCAAGCUUGUUCUGAACUUCUGAAGUUAUUACCUCGUCUUGUACCUUUCUACUUGUAUUUAAUUAUGUAAGCUCAUCGUUAUGAUUUUUUUGGGGGACUCGGUUUUUAAGCAGUAUAAGAAGAAUUCUAUAGCCUAGAAAUAAUUAAAUUCGAAGAUGACGAGGUAGAAGCAUGUACCUACUAGCUCAGGGUACAUUGCAACGUUAUUUUUCAAAAAUCAACUUAUUGGUAUUUUUUUCAUGUAUUAUGUUCUAUCUCACAUGUGUGAUGUACCUACUCGAUGUUAUUUUCUAAUUUUAGCUUCGUGUUUGAGACAAGGAGAGAAAAUUUAUAAUUGUUGAUAAUUCUGUUAAAUUUAUAUUACCGUGUUUAAUUUUAUAUAGAAAAAUGUAAACGUGAUAGGAGAAGAAAAAAAAUUAUCGUAGAAUGAUAAAUUAAAGAGAUCAUAAGUCGUCUCGUACUUAUAAAUGUUAUUUUAUGCUCAUUAUCACUCACGUUUUAUUUAUCAGUCAUGACAUAAUUUUGUCUGAAAAUCAAAUAGGAAAAAAAAAAUUAAUAAAAGUUUCAACUUAUACCUCUUGACUUUUUAUUACGUAACUAUAGUUUUGAAUGAUUGAAUCUGACGAACUACGAUACGACGUACAUCUGUCUACCUGUAAUCUGAUGUCUUCAUGUGGCAAUUCCAGAUAAUAAAAUCAACUAACCCGAAAAUUUUCUGGUCAGUAGGUAAGAAAAAAUUAUUUUUUCAAAAAAGAAUUUCCGAUAACGUUUAAAAACAUUUGGAACCAGAGUUAGAAAAUUUUUCAAAUUUGUGUUCAAAAUAAGUAUGUACAUAUUUCGAAUCAUAGGUAGAUUCCCAACUUUGGAAUUUUUCAACAUUAAGUAUUUUAUUUUCCUUCGUCUUUAAUCGUGGAAGUUAAUUCCGUAUUUUUUGUUUCAGCAAACAUAUUUUCGCAGAAGUAGAAUAAAUUGCAUACCGAAAAACAUGAAGGGAAAGACAGGCAAAUUUAUUUUUUUUUAUCUGAAUCGAUCACCAUCUUCACUAUAGACUUAUGUAUAAAUUUAUCGAUUCAAAGAUUUCUAUUUAUUCUUAUCACUUCGACUUCAAUUUAUUACUUUAUCCAUCAGUAAUGAUGAAACAUAUCUUGGUAUCGAACUAUGAAUUUCGCGUACGUUUUUUCUAUGCUUUGGUGUAGGGUAUUCAUUUACUCACAUUUCGAAUGCUAUAAACAAGCAUUGAUUUAAAAAAAAGACACGAAUGUUUGUAGGAAGUCGUAAUUUCUGAAUAAUGAAGUCGAUUAAUCCCAAAGUAAAUAAAUUAUUCAUUUUCUACCACGUUUUAUCAACUUUUCAACAUGCAACAUUUUGCAUCCAUGCUUAUGAGACAACUCUUGGGAAUGCAUUCACUUCAGGAACGACCACUGCAAGUCCUGCCAUCAAUAAAACAGACACCCCUACUAUUCAAAAUACUCGCGUUGAAGAAAUCACAUCAAUUUUAUUUCAAAAGCAUCAUGUUAAAAGUUUAUCAAUCAAUUCUAAAAUGGUCAAUCAUGGCGAUGCGUUUUUCGCACUCAAAGGACUAAAUACAGAUGGAAAUGAUUACAUUAUCGAUGCUCUAAACAAAGGCGCAGUUGUAGUCAUCACCGACGAUGAAAAAAGCAUCAAAAUCGAUCCAGAUAAAAUAAUUUUCGUGAAAAAUGUUCAAAAAGCUUUAUACAAAGCUAUAGAAAUUUUCUAUCCUAAAAAACCAAGGAUCUUAAUCGCCGUUACUGGUACUAAUGGAAAAACUUCAGUGGUAUCCUACAUAGCUCAACUUUAUUCAUCAUUGGGAAAAAAAUCAGCAUCCAUUGGCACAAUAGGUGUACAAGUUUUUGAAUGCGAUAACUCGACAAUGAAAGAUGCGCCAGAAAUAUCUAAUAAAGAUGAACUACAAUUUACAACACUUGAUUAUUUGAGUUUCAGAAAAAUUGCUUAUAAUUUAACCGAAGCGGGUGUUGAAUACUUGGCUUUUGAGGCUUCCAGCCAUGGUCUUGAUCAAGGAAGACUUGGAGAAAUUAAAGUGGACGUGGCGUGUUUCACUAGCUUUAGCCAGGAUCAUUUAGACUAUCAUCUGAACAGCGAGAAUUAUUUACAAGCCAAGGUGAAGUUAUUUACUCAUCAUCUGUUAGUUGAUGGUAUUGCGAUUUUAAGUUCUGGUAUUAAAGAAAUAGAAUUUAUCCGAGCGUGCUUAAAUAAGCAUAAUGUCAGAUUUAUGACGGUUGGCGAAAAAGAUAACGGAGAAGGAAAUUUGAAGAUUACUAAAAUUACUAGUUCUUUGCACGAGCAAAAUAUCUUCUUCGAGUUUGGAUCUUCAAAUUAUACCUUCAAUACCUCGAUUAUUGGAAGCUUCCAAGCUAUCAAUUUAUUGAUUGCUGCUUCCAGUGUUCAUUACACCAAUAAUACGAGUUUCACCUUUGACAAAAUUAUCAGCGUUUUGCCAAAGAUUGAGUCAGUUAAAGGUAGAAUGGAACGAGUAGAAAGCACUGGUGGUAAUAUUUUCGUCGAUUAUGCGCAUACUCCCGAUGCUCUUGAAAAAGUUCUGAAAGAAUUGAAUAGCAUAAAACUACAGGGUGCAAAAUUAGUAGUGAUUUUUGGCUGUGGAGGUAAUCGUGAUAGAAUAAAACGAAAUCAAAUGGGCAAAAUUGCUGGGAAACUGGCUGAUAGCGUCAUUGUUACCGAUGAUAAUCCUCGUCUCGAAGAUCCUGCGUUGAUCAGACAAGAGAUUAUAAGUGGUAUUGACGGAGGGAAUUAUAUUGAAAUAGGUAACAGAGAAGAAGCUAUUAAACACGGUGUGAAUAAUUUACAACUAAACGAUAUCUUAGUGAUUGCUGGUAAAGGGCAUGAAAAUUACCAGAUUAUAGGUAAUGAUGAGAUACUUUUUAGUGAUGUUGAAAUCGUGAAAAAAUAUACUGUGUAAUGAUGGAA